AUAAAUUCAAUUUUUUUCUGUAGUGAAAGUUUUUAUGAACCGACAACUAGUCUGUAAAACCUCCGGAAAAUUGCGUGCGUACACUAAAUAAAUUCAAUUGCGUCAAUAGUUCGGAGUUUGUAUUUGUUUUGGUUACGAAAAUUAGGCAAUCAUUUGGUUUCGGUGCAUGUUUGUGCCGUAUAUAGCCGAAUAAUUCAUUAUUCAGAUAAAAUCUUUGAAAAACAGUCCAAAAUAUAAACAGCUGGAGUUUUUUUCUAUCCAUUUACUCGUAAUAAAAAGAAGCGGAUAAUAAACUAAACAUAAAAAUGACUGAAACCUCAUCUAUUCCGAAGAUUUGCAGUGGCGUCGGAAUUGUGGGUCAACUGAUGUUUUUUGUUUUCGGAUUUUUCUUCCACUGGCCUGCGAUGUGGUACUUGGAACUACCAACAGUCCAGUACACCGGUGGUGCGUACAGUUGGUGUGGCAAGGCGACUGGAUUUGGUAGUUGGAGUUGCUCUUCAAUCGGCUCAGCUGAGGCAGAAGCUUUUGGCCAUGAAUGGGGAGCAUACAUGGGCAUACGUGUCAUGGUAGCCUUCGCAUACAUCACUGGCAUCGUCGCUAUUAUUUUGCUCUACGUCAAUUUGUGCGUCAAGAAAAGGGGAGUUGCGACGGCAGGAGUCGGUUUUGCGGCCGCCGAGUGUCUAUUUGUGCUAAUUGCGGCUGCAUUGUGCUCGAGCACCUUCAGUGAAGCCUUUGGACUAGACACCGACCCCGCCUAUGCUAUGUUCAUGGCAUGGGUGGCGUGGAUCACCACUAUUUUGGUGACGGUGAUGGCUGUCCUCGCACUGGUCUUCACAAUCAAGGAUGAGAACAAAGUAUAAGGAUACCUGCAUCAAUUUCGACGUGCUUACUUUGAUAUAAAUUAAUCUCUAUAUGAUUUCCCCAUUGCUUUCGUCCUUUUCUCUUUAUAUAAAAUAAAGCAUGUUUGCUGCAUAGAUACCAUGAAACAAAAUUAAAUACUGUAUAUUUCCGGGACGUCAUCGAAAUGGACGAAUCGAUGACCGCAGUUAAACUGCUUAAAAUUGUACUAAC